GUUGACAUGGCCCAGGGCGGGGAUGGGCAUGGCGGAUGCGCAGCCGCAGGGCUGCCCAGAGCCCUGCCUGCCUGCCUGCCUGCACCGGGUCCCCGUGCCGAGAAGGGGGACUCGCCCCCGCAGCGGCAGCACCGUGCCAGCCUGGGACCCCCACAGGCGGGUGAUGGGGGUGAGCCCCCCCCCCGGCCCCGGGGGACUGCGCGGGAUGGGGGCACCCGUCGGCUUCCCCGGCGCUGACUCCUGCUCUUGCAGCGCCAUGCUCGCCAACGCGGCCACUAUGCGGAUCCUUAUCAAGGGGGGGAAAGUGGUGAACGACGACUGCACACUGGAGGCAGAUGUCUACAUUGAGAAUGGCAUCAUCCAGCAAGUGGGCCGUGAGCUCAUGAUCCCCGGCGGGGCCAAGGUCAUUGACGCCACCGGCAAGCUCGUCAUCCCGGGCGGCAUCGACACCAGCACCCACUUCCACCAGACCUUCAUGAACGCCACCUGCGUGGAUGACUUCUACCAUGGCACCAAGGCAGCCCUGGUGGGAGGGACGACGAUGAUCAUCGGCCACGUCCUGCCCGACAAGGAGACCUCGCUGCUGGACGCCUACGAGAAGUGCCGCAGCCUGGCCGACCCCAAGGUCUGCUGUGACUACGCCCUGCACAUGGGCAUCACUUGGUGGGCGCCGAAGGUGAAGGCAGAGAUGGAGACACUGGUGCGGGAGAAGGGAGUGAACUCCUUCCAGAUGUUUAUGACCUACAAGGACCUGUACAUGCUGCGGGACAGCGAGCUCUACCAGGUCUUCCGGGCCUGCCGUGACAUCGGCGCCAUCGCCCGAGUCCAUGCUGAGAACGGCGAGCUGGUGGCUGAGGGAGCAAAGGAGGCACUGGACCUGGGCAUUACGGGGCCGGAGGGCAUUGAGAUCAGCCGGCCUGAAGAGCUGGAAGCCGAGGCCACGCACCGCGUCAUCACCAUUGCCAACAGGACCCACUGCCCCAUCUACCUGGUGAACGUCUCCAGCAUGUCUGCAGGGGAUGUCAUCGCUGCCGCCAAGAUGCAAGGGAAGGUGGUGUACGCGGAGACGACCACAGCGCACGCCACGCUCACCGGGCUGCACUACUACCACCAGGACUGGUUCCAUGCUGCCGCCUACGUCACCGUGCCGCCGCUACGCCUGGACACCAACACCUCCGCCUACCUCAUGAGCCUGCUUGCCAACGACACGCUGAACAUCGUGGCCUCCGACCACCGGCCUUUCAGCACCAAGCAGAAAGCCAUGGGCAAGGAGGACUUCACCAAGAUCCCCCACGGCGUCAGCGGGGUGCAGGACCGCAUGAACAUCAUCUGGGAGCGAGGCGUGGUCGGGGGCAAGAUGGACGAGAACCGCUUCGUGGCCGUGACCAGCUCCAAUGCCGCCAAGAUCCACAACCUGUACCCCCGCAAAGGCCGGAUCAUCCCCGGGGCUGACGCCGACGUCGUGGUCUGGGACCCCGAGGCCACCAAGACCAUCUCGGCCAGCACCCAGGUGCAGGGGGGGGACAUCAACCUGUACGAGAACAUGCGGUGCCACGGGGUGCCCCUGGUCACCAUCAGCCGCGGGCGCGUGGUCUACGAGAACGGUGUCUUCAUGUGUGCCGAGGGCACCGGCAAGUUCUGCCCGCUCCGCUCAUUCCCGGACUCCGUCUAUAAGAAGCUGGUGCAGCGGGAGAAGAGUUUAAAGCUGCGGGGUGUGGAUCGCACCCCAUACCUGGGGGACGUGGCCGUGGUUGUGCAUGCCGGGAAAAAAGAGACGGGGACGCCCCUGGCCGAUACGCCCACCCGGCCUGCCACGCGACACGGGGGCAUGAGGGACCUCCACGAGUCCAGCUUCAGCCUGUCCGGUUCUCAGAUCGAUGACCACGUUCCAAAGCGAGCUUCGGCCCGGAUUCUCGCUCCCCCCGGAGGCCGGUCGAGCGGCAUUUGGUAGAGCUGGGGACCUGUCCCCCAACUGAGGACCAGGCACUGGCCCCACGCCGCCCCCGCCCCGGGACCCCGGCUCCGGCGGGGCUCCCCUCGCACCGGGGGGCCCUGCCCGGUCCCCGUCCUGCCCGCGGGGCUGUGCCGGCGGCAUCAGCCGGCAGCCAUGUGCGGUGGGCCGGGGGCCGGGGGGCCGCGGCCCGGCCAGCGGGAGGGGACGGGGGCAGCGGGUGGGCCGGCCCCGGCCCUUUUCUGUUUGCACGUUGGGUUUGGAUCAGUGAAUUUUUGACUUGUUUGUGCAUCACGUGGAAAUACUCUGAAGUGGUUUGUGUCACUAGCGUUAGGGGAGAAGCAGGGACCCCCCCCCCCCCCUCUCCACCCUUUCCCCCCUCCUUGGGCUGCCCCACCGGCCCCCACCUCCGCUCCCACCCCGGCCCCACGCGGGACGCGUGAGCCCUUCCCACGCCCCGGCAGCGAGCAGCGUCGCGGCAGGCACGCACCCGCACGAGCAUGGUGCCGGCAGCCGCUCGCCAGCACACGCAUGCACACACGCCCGCAUCCCUCCGUGCGAGGUGCCGGCGGGCUUCUCGCUGCCGCCUGCGUGCGUGCAUACGUUGCACCGCGCGUGGUCCCAGUGAGGUAGGUGUUUGCUGCGCACACUCGUGCACACGUGUGCACCCGCGUCCCCAUCCCUCCGCGCACGACGGCGGCCGCCUGUUUCACGCUGUGCCGGGAGCACCCCUUGCCCCUGCCCCUUCCCGGCCCCUCCACACCCCGCCGUGGGGCUGCCGGCGACCCCGGGGCCGGCAAUGCUCCUGAGCAUCCGUGACGGGUGCCGGUGGGGUGCAGGUCCGGGUGCGCGUGGCCCCGGCAGAGCAGGGUCCUCGUCCCCCCCGCCCCGGCCGCGCACUGGUGCUAUCCGGCGGGCGCCCCGCUCCCCCCCCCAAAGCUGUCCCCCGGGGUAGUGUCAGAUGUGAAUUGUUCCUUGUGCACUUUUCCCCUAGAUGGUCCCUGUAGGUGUGCGGGGGGGGCCGGGUGGGCACAGCCCGGCGCGGGGGUCCUGCCCGCCCCCGGGUAGUUGCAUAUUGGCCGUUUUAGGAACCUGCAGUACGUUUCUGUUUGCUCAUUAAAGACCGUUCUCACAGC